AUGACUGGUGUUGGUGGGGGUACUGCUGGCCCAGUAGCUGUGGCUGUUGCUGGUGCUCCCCUCCCUGUACCUCUACCACGUAUGCUCACCAUGUUUCUGCGUUCCACAGUUUUGAUGUGGUCUUUGAGGAGAACUUCUCCCACACCCACUUGUCCAUGGCAGACAGGUCCUCGACUGUCUCGGCACCCCCGACUUCCUGACAGUCCUCUUGUCCUCAUAAACUCCAUCAGACUUUGCUUCAAGUCAACACUCUAUGGAGAGUCUUCGAGAGGGGGCUCUGUAGACUGGGACUCUGACCCAGAGUCUGACUGGAUGAUGACUGGUGUUGGUGGGGGUACUGCUGGCCCAGUAGCUGUGGCUGUUGCUGGUGCUCCCCUCCCUGUACCUCUACCACGUAUGCUCACCAUGUUUCUGCGUUCCACAGUUUUGAUGUGGUCUUUGAGGAGAACUUCUCCCACACCCACUUGUCCAUGGCAGACAGGUCCUCGACUGUCUCGGCACCCCCGACUUCCUGACAGUCCUCUUGAGGAGGCUCAUCUGGGUACGGGUGACCUAUUAGGUGUCUGUGGUAGCGUUGGUAGUGGUAAAAGUUCACUGAUGUCUGCAAUACUGAGUCAAAUGAGACUGGUAAAAGGGCAAGUGUGUGUUGGUGGUACCAUUGCAUAUGUGGCUCAACAAGCAUGGGUAUUCAAUGCAAGUCUCAAAGAUAAUAUCUUAUUUGAUAAGCCAUAUGAUGAAAAGAGAUAUACUGAUGCUGUGUUUGCUGCUUGUCUUCAACAAGACAUUGAUAUGCUACCAAAUGGUGACCAGACUGAGAUUGGUGAGAAAGGAAUCAAUUUAAGUGGAGGUCAGAAACAGCGAGUGAGUUUAGCUAGGGCUUUAUAUGCUGACUGUGAUAUCUAUUUACUUGAUGAUCCGCUCAGUGCAGUAGAUACCCAUGUAGGACAACAUAUAUUUGAAGUAUGCAUAAAGCAAGCUUUACAAAACAAAACCGUUAUCUUUGCCACACACCAACUUCAGUAUUUAAAACGAUGUGAUGAUGUCAUGAUGCUAAAAGAUGGUCAUGUGACUGAGUAUGGUACACACAGUCAGCUGAUGCUGGAUGACAAAGAAUUUGCAAAUCUCAUUAAAACAUAUCAUGAAACUGAACAAGAAGAAACACCGCCUGAUAUUACUUCUUUUAAAAGUCAACUAAGUCGUCAAUUAAGUUUAUCUUCUACAACAUCUCAGUCAACUUUAUCCAGUGAUGCCAGCUCUGAUAUCGCUAUGGAUACAGAGGGAAAAUUGAUUGUAGCAGAAGAGAAAGAAACUGGAUCAGUUAAAUUGAGUACUUAUGGUGCAUACAUUAAGUCAGCUGGUGGAUGUGUAAUAGCCUGUAUUGUGUGUUUGCUAUUUUUAUUGUAUGUCAGUAGUUUGACAUUCAAUGCAUGGUGGUUAAGUUACUGGAUAAGCAGAGGAAGUGGGAAUACAACAGUAUUAGUGGGCAAUGACACAGUCAUAAGUACAAAUAUUUCAGAUAAUCCUGACUACGAUAUAUACGUUAUGGUGUAUGGUUUAUCUAUAAUAGGUAUCCUGUUAUUCAGCUUUAUACGAGCCAUUAUCUUUAUGAAGGUGUGUCUUCGCUCUUCUUCAAAGAUUCAUGACAAAGUUUUCAGCAAAAUCAUCCGAAGUCCAAUGAGUUUUUUUGAUACUACGCCAUUAGGAAGGAUAAUGAAUAGGUUUUCAAAAGACAUGGAUGAAAUUGAUGUCUGGCUACCACUAUUGUUGGAUAUCAGUGUGCAGUAUUGUUUUAUGUUACUAGCUGCCUUGACAAUGAUCUGUAUUGUCUUUCCAUGGUUUAUGAUCGCCUUAUUACCACUCUUCAUCAUCUUUCUCUUGUGUUUGGUAAUGUUUCGUGCUGGUAUUCGAGAAUGCAAGAGAUUUGACAACAUUAGCCGCUCACUGUGGGUAUCAAUGUUGACGUCCACUGCUCAAGGACUGCCCACAAUUAAUGCCUAUCGAAGAUCACAGAAUUUCAUCAAAAGUUUCAGUGACAGAGUGGACACCAACUCCGUACCAUUAUUACUGUCUCUAAUGUGUAGUAGAUGGGUUCAAUCACGCAUGGAUUUUAUUACAUUGUUUGUUACUGUAAUUACUGCUCUACUAGCUGUUAUUGGUCAUGGUGAAAUUUCUGCAGCUGUUGCUGGAUUAGCACUGUCAUAUACAAUGCAGAUUUCUGGUAUACUUCAAUUAACAGUCAAUACAGCUGCUGAAUGUGAAGCCAGAUUUACCAGUGUGGAAAGAUUGGAGUACUAUAGCAACGUAAGUAAGUCGUCUUUGGGUGUGGGUUUGUUUAGAUUGGUAGAAGCUGCACAUGGCACAAUAAAAAUAGAUCAUGUGGAUAUCAGUGAAAUUGGACUGUAUGAUCUACGAUCUAAACUAUCCAUUAUUCCACAAGACCCUGUACUCUUUAUAGGUACUAUACGUUAUAAUUUAGAUCCAUUAAAUCAUCACACGGAUCAAGAAUUAUGGGAAUCUUUGGAGAAGACCUAUAUGAAGUCAACAAUUAGUAAUUUGGACAAUCAACUCGAAAGUCCAGUCAUCGAAAAUGGUGAAAACUUCUCAGUAGGAGAAAGACAACUUAUAUGCAUGGCUAGGGCUUUACUUAGGAAUAGUAAGAUCUUAAUGUUGGAUGAAGCUACAGCAGCUAUUGAUACAGAAACAGACAGUCUAAUACAAAAGACGAUACAAGAUGCAUUCAAGGAUUGUACAAUAUUAACUAUAGCUCACAGAUUGAAUACAGUCUUAUCUUCUGAUAGAGUAAUGGUGAUGCAAGAUGGCAAGGUUGUUGAAUUUGAUAAACCAUCAGUGCUGCAAGCAAAUACUGAAUCUAAAUUCAGUGCCAUGAUAACUGCAGCUGAACAGGUCAACACCAAAGACCAUGUCACUUUAUUGUAGCAUCAUGGUGGCACCAGGUGAAGAGACCUCCAUAGCUCAUAUAUCAUUUCAUUUCAAUGGAGUGAUGAUUGAACAGCUUUUUUUUAAGCGAAUUGACAGCAAGGCUAUAACCUAAUUGGUGGCAAUCAUUACAUAAUCUGUACAUAUUAUUUACCUAAUUUAUAAUUUUCAGCAUUAGAAAAGACAGGGACAGGCAACACCAUACCACACUUGUAUUAUAGUUUACUUGAAUCAUAUCAUAAAGAAA